ACAGUCACAGGCGCAUUCUCAAGUCUCUCUUCUUUGUUUCGCAACAAUAUUUUUCCUGCUUCCAUUUACUGAAGAGAAAAAAACAUGUCAACUAAAAAAAAGGUAGUGGAAAUCAAAGAAGAUUCGAACUUGUUUGAACUUGUCGGAAGCAUAGUAGAGAAGGGGUUUUCUUCAGAAUCAUCAUCACAAUCCAACAGCAAGAGGAAUCCUAUUUCUUUCCCUCAACCCACUGUUCUUCCUUUCCCCGUUGCCCGUCAUCGCUCCCAUGGACCUCAUUGGGCACCUUUGGGAAGUGAAAUGGAUGUUGAUGAUGUCAAUGAGGAUGAGGAUGAUAAGGAUUUUAACACUAUACCAUCUACCUUUGCUGUUCCUAUACAAAAGAAAGAAAAAAAGGGGUUGAGCUUUAAUAAUUGGAAGGAAGUUCUUCAACGGGAUUCUUUAAGCAAAGGAACUGAAAUUGCCAAGUCUACAUUACGGCAUUCUGUGAAAGGAAAGCGAGAAAGAGAAGAAUCUGGUAACAUUGCCAAGAACAGUACUUGUGAGCUAUUUUUGUCCAGGUCUAUGGAAUUUGGGAGAGUACCAACUACAAGUUCAGAGACAGUAAUGAGUUCAGAAAUUCGUGUUAGGAAUGUGGACCAAGCAAUGGUGGAUUCUUUUUCUAAAAAUGUGGAGAGGGAGCAAAUGUCUACGCCUCUUGAGGUGCAAAUUGACGAGGAAAAUCGUUCCCGCUUACAGCAAAUGUCACAUGAUGAGAUUGCAGAAGCUAGAGCUGAGAUACUGGAGAAAAUGAAUCCGGGGUUAUUAGAGAAACUGAAGAAACGAGGAGAAAACAAAGUUGGAAAGCCUAAAAAUUUGCAAUCAAAUAGAGAUAAUGGAUGCGAGACAGGUAGUCGUCUGGAUGCGAUACCGAUUAUUGAGGAUUUAAAGAGCAAAGAGGGUUCACCCUCCGCAGAGGCUAAAUGUUCUCCAGCAGUGACUCCCAAGGAUGUUCAAAUUGGUGGUGUGAAAAUAUCAAACAAACCGAGUAGUGAGAUUUGGAAUGCUUGGAGUGAGAGGGUCGAGGCAGCAAGGAUGUUAAGGUUUUCUUUGGAUGGUCAUGUUUCUGAAUCUUGGAGUUGGAGCUUUGUUAGUCCGAUGGUUAAGUUUGCACUUAAAUGGAUAUCCUUUGAGAGUGACCCUUGUCUCAGUGAAAUUUUUGAUUGCAACAAAAUAACUAGUAAUAACUCCCAAGAUCCUUCUUUGAGUAGCUGUUUGUGGGUUAUUUCAUCUGUUAUGUACCUGCUUAGAGGUAUACUUGUAAAAGUGGCACCAGAAGGUUCUAAUAGUUUGCAUGAAAGUGGAGGUCGUGUACCAUGGUUGCCAGAAUUCGUCCCUGAAAUUGGACUUGCAAUCUUGAAAAACAGAUAUCUGAAUAUUGGUGAUACGGUACUUUCAGAAGGAGACUCGUUAAUUAAGGACCUAUGUGAUUUGAGACUUCACAGUAUUGAAUUAUCGUUAUCGUCUGUUUGUUGCCUUCAUAGGCUAGUCCAGCUUAUAGUUUCUCUGGACAAUUUGAUACAGCUAGCUAAGAGAGAAAUUCCAAAUCUCUCCUUCUCAGAAAAUAACUUUUCAGGUGAGGGAGAUAUACUAGAGAGUGGAAUAGUAAUUUGGACCCAAGAUCAAUUGCGGAGUGUACUAGAAACCAUCAUGGCAUUGGUUUCCUCUGGGUGGGAGAAGGUGCAUGCCAUUGAGACAUUUGGCCGUGGAGGUCCUGCUCCGGGUGUUGGACUAGGGUGGGGUGCUUCCGGUGGAGGAUUUUGGUCAGGGUUGGUUUUACUUGAACAAACAGAUGCACGGUUGCUUAUGAACUUGCUUGAUAUAUUUCAGAUAGACUACGGAAGACAUAUUUCUACAGUUGACGAUGUGAACUUCACAUUUGUUGCUCAAAGGAUUAUUUCAGUGCUUGAAACAAGCUUAACUCUAGGACCAAGGGAUACCUAUAUCAUGGAGAAUGUGUUGGAUUUCUUACUCCAACCUUCAGUUCUGAAGUACCUUAAUCUCUUUGUUCGCCAAUUUCUACACCUUAAGAGGUCUGUUAAUCCAUGUAUAUGUGCACAUAACGAGGAGGACUACCUGCGCUUCAGUAAGAUAUUAAAUUCCCACUUCAGAAAUAGAUGGCUAUGUGAAAAGAAGAAAACUAAAGUUGUAGAAGGUGGUGUUGAUCUCAGCCAGGAUACAUCUGAGAAAGGCGGCAAUGCUCUGGACACAAUUUACGAGGAUUCUGAGGAGAAAUCAGAUAGUGUUGCUGGUAACCCUCGUUGCACUUCUUUGGUGGUAGAGUGGGCUCACCAGAGACUGCCCCUCCCUUUGCAUUGGUUUCUCAGUCCAAUCUCAACUGUUGCUGGCAUUGGAGGUGCUGUUGAGCUUCCAAAUGGCUCUGAUGUGCCAAAUAGCAUGUGUCCACCUAGCCCCGGAGAGGCUUUUGAUCUAGCCCAAAGUGGACUUUUCCUUCUUUUAGGUCUCGAAUCUCUAUCCACUCUCCUGUGCUCUGGCCUGCAAGCAUCUCCGGUUAGUCGCGUGCCGUUAGUGUGGAAAAUACAUUCUUUAUCUGUGGUUUUACUGGUUGGAAUGAGUCUGCUGUAUGAUGAGAAUAGCAGGAACACAUAUGAAACUUUGCAAGAUCUGUAUGGACUACUUCUUGAUGAAUCAAGAUGCCAAAGAAGCAUCAAACCUUUGGUGGGAAAUUCAUUGCUAGAAAUCAGAAUUAAAGAUGCAGUUCUUAAGUUUCAGACAGAUGUCCAUGAGAGUUAUUCCACAUUUAUUGAGACUCUUGUCGAGCAAUUCGGUGCUAUAUCUUAUGGGGAUUUGGUCUAUGCUCGGCAAGUUGCAGUAUAUCUACAUCACUCUGUUGAGGCCCCUGUCCGGGUUGCUGCAUGGAAUGCACUAUCUGGUGCCCAUCUUCUUGAACUGUUGCCACCGCUAGAAAAAUGCAUUGCUAAGUCUGAAGGAUAUUUGGAAUCUGAGGAUAAUGAAGGGAUUCUAGAGGCGUACUUGAAAUCGUGGGUGUCUGGGACUCUUGAUAAAGCUUCAGUUAGAGGAUCCAUGGCAUUUACUAUCGCACUGCACCAUCUCUCAUCUUUCGUUUUUCAAUAUACUGCGGAUGACAAGUUAACUCUAAGGAAUAAAAUUGCAAGGUCUCUUUUGCGUGACUCCUCGCGCAAAAAGCAACAUGAGGCCAUGAUGUUGGACUUGAUACGCUAUGCCAAGACUGGAACAUCUCAAGAGCAUAAAUUGGAGCUGGAAACAAGUGAAAUUGAGAAAAGAUUCAAGAUUUUAACAGGAGCCUGUGAAGGAAAUUCUGCUCUUCUUUCUCAAGUUGAGAAGCUCAAGUCUUUCUUUCUCCACUGAACAGAUUAGAUCGUGCUAUAUUGUUGUGCUGCUGUCUUGGUUUCCCACCAUGUUACUCCGUGUCCCACUCUUUUUGUCUCUCUGUGUUUCAAAGGAGCAUGCUGUUGCGCUGGGGGAUUUUGUAUAUGAUCGUAUCAUGUGAAGAAAUCAAGAUUUUGAUACAAGCUUUGUAAAAAAAUGUGUUGUUUUCUAAGUUGUGAACUCAUUGUUCGCAAUUCGACAAGACGCUACUACUAACAAGAACAUCCUCAACUUAAACAACAAGAAAUGAUUAGAGACGAGGCAUAGCAUGAA